UGACAAAUAUAAGUAGCUAACUUCACACCCUUUAAAAUUCUUUUUGUGGUCGCAUCAGUGAUUUGCAGGCCACGAAAAUGGGGCGCCGUCCCGCAAGAUGUUAUCGUUAUUGUAAGAACAAACCCUACCCAAAAUCAAGAUUUUGUCGUGGUGUCCCAGACCCAAAAAUCCGUAUUUUUGACUUGGGUAAAAAGAAAGCAGCCGUAGAUGACUUCCCACUUUGUGUUCAUCUAGUUUCUGACGAAUAUGAACAACUAAGUUCAGAAGCCCUCGAAGCUGGUCGUAUCUGCUGUAACAAAUACCUGGUGAAAAAUUGCGGUAAAGAUCAGUUCCACAUCCGUAUGAGACUCCAUCCUUUCCAUGUUAUCAGAAUUAACAAGAUGUUGUCGUGUGCUGGAGCCGAUAGGCUUCAGACAGGAAUGAGGGGUGCUUUCGGUAAACCUCAAGGUACCGUAGCCAGAGUCCGCAUCGGUCAGCCGAUCAUGAGCGUCCGAUCCACGGACCGUUUCAAGGCGCAAGUGAUCGAAGCCCUGAGGCGUGCCAAGUUCAAGUUCCCCGGUCGUCAAAAGAUCUACGUGUCCAAGAAGUUCGGUUUCACCAAAUACGAACGUGAUGUUUAUGAGGAUUUGAAGACACAGGGUCGGUUGGCAUAUGACGGUUGCAAUGUACAAUACAGGCCAGAACAUGGACCUUUGAACGUCUGGAAAAAGGCUCAGGAAGACAUUUUUUCAGCUUAAGUUUACAAAAAUAAAGAGUUUUCUUU